ACUUAAAAACUUGUAGCCUGCUCUAAAACUCGCUGACAGCUAUAUCUGUGUUAAUAUUCUGUUGGAAUUCUGUGGUGGAUUGGUGGCACUUUAAUUUCUCGAACCUGUUGGAAUAGUUACAAAAUAAAAGUGACUAAUUUAACGAAACCGCAACACCUUUUCUUACCUGUAUUGAAAUUUACAAGUGAAGGUGUGCAUUUCACCUGUGACGCCAGUAUCUUGGAAUGUAAAACACGCGCCUCAAACAUGUAAACUUUUAAUAUGGGCUUAUGUUUUAGUUUGGAUCAGGAUGAGGUGAAAGCUCGUGCAAGAAGUGAAGCCAUUGACAGGAAUCUACAGACAUGGGCCAAAGAGGAAUCUAACGUGAUUAAAAUUCUACUCCUCGGCACUGCCGAAGGAGGAAAGAGCACUUUGGUCAAACAGAUGAAGAUAAUCCAUAACGAUGGAUUUUCACAAGACGAGCUCUUUUCAUUUAGGACUGCAGUCCUUGACAACCUAGUCAGUUCGAUGAAGUUUGUGCUAACCGGCAUGGGACUUCUACGAAUAAACCUUGACCACAUUGAAAACAGGGCUUAUGCUCAAGUGGUGCUGUCCAGUGUGUGUUGUUACAACAAGUCAGGCUGUAUGUCAGCACACAUGUACACCGCUCUGUCUUCUCUGUGGCGGGACCGAGGCGUUCGCUACGCCGUCUUCAAGGGAUACGAGUACGAGCUCAAUGAUUCAGCGAUAUAUUACUUUGAAAAUAUGGACCGCAUAUGUUCUCCGAAAUACAUCCCGACACCAAAAGAUGUUCUGAGAGCUCGUGUUCGGACGACGGGUGUCAUAGAGACCUGUUUCAAGGUCUCAGACGUCUUGAUACGAAUGUUUGAUGUUGGAGGUCAAAGGUCAGAGCGCAGGAAGUGGAUCCAGUGUUUUGACGAUGUCCGUGUGAUACUUUUUGUUGUUGCUCUUAGCUCUUAUGAUCUCUUUUUGUACGAGGACAAUAGAUUUAACAGACUGGCAGAAAGUCUAACUCUUUUUCGACAGAUCUGCAACAACCGUUUCUUUGUGAAUACAACUAUGAUUCUGUUUCUUAAUAAGCUGGAUUUAUUUCAAGACAAAAUUUUACACUCUGAAAGACAUCUCAAGAGGUUCUUUGCGGAUUUUCCAGGUGCAGAGAGAGAUGUAGAUUCUGCUGCUCGCUACAUCCAGCACUUGUUCAUGAUGCAGAACAACAACCCGUCUAAAGUUAUCUACCCUCACUUCACCACGGCAACGGACACCAGCAACAUCCAGGUGGUCUUCCAGGUUGUCAUGGACUCCAUACUUAGAGACAAUAUCAAGGCUGUGUCCAUUUUGUAGCAUCAGCUUACUGGUGGCAGCCAGGUCUCCGGUGCUGCAAUCUAGGUGGUGGUGGUGGUGGAGAACAUGUAUUUCUUCCACCAUGGUACAAACCUAUGCACAAGCAGAUGGAGAAAAUAUCCUGCCACUGGAUGAAUUAAGUUUUGGUGCAUACUCUGUUCAGAAUGAAGUCAUCUGGGCCUAUGCUUAUAAAAAAAACUUUUAGAGUCCAGACUCAAUCUCUAACGACGUCACUCACAUACAAUUUGUAUGGCGUUGUCAUGGCAUUAGUAUUUAAGACUCUAUUAGAGUCUUGAGUCCAGACUAUAAAAGUUUUAUAAGCACCAGGCCUGGGUCCUGUUUUACGAAGCGAUCUUGGAGCUAAUUUCACCUUAAAUGUAUAAUUACCUUAUGUUCUUAAGGCCCCAGUAUAUGAAGCAAUUUUAAUGCUAAAAUCACCUUAAAUGAAUAACUACUUAAUAUGCACUUUAGGCUUCAUUUUAUGAAGCGAUCUUAACGUUAAAACACCUAAAAUGCACAACUACCUUAUGCAUUUAAGGCUCAAUUUUAUGAGGUGAUCUUAGCACUAAAAUCACCUUAAAUGCAUAACUACUUAAUAUGCACUUAAGGCUCCAUUUUAUGAGGUGAUCUUAACACUAAAAUAACCUUCAGUUCUUAACUACCUUAUGUACAUGUAGUUAAGGUGAAUUUAGCACCAAGAUUGCUUUGUAAAAUGGGACCCUGGACUUCAGCUUUCUCUGAAAAAUGUUCCUUGAUGAAAAGGUCACAGAAUCUCUUGACUUUUCAAGACCAUUAAGAGUUGUCCAGAUGUUUUGUCCAGAGUGAUUUGUAUCUUUGCUAAUCACCUGAAACUUAGUGCUCAUGUUAUGUCUGACAGAAUCUGUUAAAUUCAGUCCUUUAUCAGAUGGUGGAAGUAAUUGAACAUUGG